UAUGGCUGUUCUAACGUCAGAUGUCACAAACUUCAAAAUCAGCUGUUCUAAAAUACAUGACUCAUUUCAUUUGAUAAAAACAGUCACUCUCCUUAAAACAUUCCCAUUAAAAUCAGCAUUUUAUUUCUUAAAGCCGCAAAAUGUUUCGAGUUUCGGCGUUUGAAAAGUGUUUGGAUAAAGCAACAAGCCACCUACUUAUGGAAGCAGAUUGGCCCUCAAUUUUACAAAUAUGCGAUUUGAUCCGACAAAAUGACGUCCAACCUAAAAUCGCAUUCACAGCGAUCAGAAAGAAGCUUCAAUCAGACAACCCACACACAGCGAUGUAUGCUCUUAUGGUUCUGGAAAGCAUGGUCAAAAAUUGCGGUACAAUUGUGCAUGAGGAGCUGACAUCAAAAGCAAACUGUGACUUCUUUUAUGAACUAGUUAGAACCACUCCACACAACAAUGUGAGAGAGAAACUUUUAGAAUUGAUUCAAGCAUGGAAUUUUGCUCUGAGAAAGAACGCCAAACACGCAUAUCUGAAGGAACUGCUGAACACCUUGAAGGCAGAAAAUUUCAAGUUGCCCGCAAUGCGAGAAUCGGACGCCAUGUUCGCGGCGGACAGCGCGCCCGAAUGGGCGGACGGGGACUCGUGCCACCGUUGCCGCGUGCAGUUCACCCUCAUCAAUCGUAAACACCAUUGCCGUAACUGUGGCCAAGUUUUCUGCGGUAAUUGCUCCCAGAAAACCAUAUCACUACCCAAGUUCGGCAUCGAGAAGGAGGUACGAGUGUGCGAUACAUGUUAUCUUAUAGUCACCAAGCCGACCAGUCAGAGGGAGAAGGAUGAAUUGCCUGCCGAAUAUCUGAAAAGUUCGUUGGCCCAGCAAAAACAGGAGCCGCCGAGAAAAAGUGAAGAUGAGCUGAAGGAGGAGGAAGAUUUGCAGUUGGCGCUGGCAUUGAGCCAGUCCGAGGCUGAAGCCAAGGAGAAGGAAAAGAUGAAGGUUACGUCCACUCUGCACAACGCUUACAAUACCACCAAAGUUUCUGAGUCUAAAGUGGUUGAGAGAAAUCCCUCGCCGGCUGAUGAACCGUCCAACCCGGAGUUGGAGAGGUACAUGAAUCGUUCAUAUUGGGAGUCCUUGAAUUUAAACGAUGAAAGUCAGAGUCCUACUGCGCCUGCGCAGAACGUCGAAGUGAAACUUAAGGAAAACGGCAUAUCUGAUAACGAUUUGGAGGAGUUUAUCAAGACCUUAAAGUCGCAGGUGGAAAUUUUCAUCAACAGGAUGAAGAGUAAUUCUAGUAGAGGACGUUCCAUAGCAAAUGACACAAGCGUACAGACCUUAUUUAUGAAUAUAACAGCGAUGCAUUCUCGUCUAUUACGAUACAUUCAACAACAUGACGAUAACAGACUACAUUACGAACGACUCCAGGACAAACUGACGCAGAUGAAAGACGCACGUGCCGCCCUGGAUGCGCUACGCGACGAACACAGGGAAAAAUUGCGUCGUGCCGCAGAAGAGGCAGAACGCCAGAGACAGAUGCAAAUGGCACACAAGCUUGAAAUUAUGAGAAAAAAGAAACAGGAAUACUUGCAAUACCAGAGGCAGCUGGCAUUGCAAAGAAUCCAAGAGCAGGAGAGGGAAAUGCACAUGCGACAGGAGCAACAGAAACAACAAUACUUGAUGGGAUCCCAAUACGGAGGAUAUAUCGGAUCUCCGGUUCACGGUCAACAAUACCAACAAGGACCGCCAGCUCCAAACCCUAACGCGCCGAUGAACUACAACUAUCAGUUCCCGCCGCCAACGAUGCCAAUGCCUAACAUGCCGCCGCAGCAACCUCCGCAUCCUAUGCACAAUCCGGGACAGAUGCCGGGUCACCCGAUGACUGGUCCGCCCGCGUUUCCCACGCAGCAAUUCGUAUCCCAACAUCCGAUGCCUGGGGCGCCGAAUAUGCAACAGAACGGGCCGCCCCAACCGAUACCGAUGCAGCCAAUGGCACAGACCUCAGCUCCGAAUCCUCCCAAUCAGAACGUACAGCAAUUUUCUCCUCCCGGUGAAAUCAAAAAGGAAGAGGCACAGACUGGGGAACUGAUCAGUUUUGACUAAAAAUUUAUGGAUGGAUUAUGGCUAUUUUAUUUUAAUGUAUUCGUGUAUAAUCUGAUAUGUAUUAAGAAUUAAUAAAUAAUAUUUACUUCAAGCUUA